AUAUAAAUUAAUAACUCUUUUAAAGUAGAUUGUGAGAAAUUUCUUAAAAGAACUUAUUACUUAAGCAGUAUCUUUAAAGCGUUUUUGCUGAAGUUUUCAAAAAAAUGUUUAUAGUGACAGACCUGGUUGUGAUACAAGUAAGUUUCAAUCGUGUUAGGCUUCCGGUAGUGACAGACCAUCUUCUGAUAUACAUAAUUUGGAUCCGUUUUGUUUAGACUAUCUUGAAAGAACUAGAUGUGACUCAAAGUUUUAUAAUUUUUUGCCACAUUUCGUACUUAGAUGCAUUGGUUUUCCGAAUAGUUCUCUUUCUGUCAUAUAGUCUGUUUCAACAGUUUGCGUAAUGUGUUCGAUUCGCUACUCACUAAAGCUUGUUAAAUAUAAUUAAUUAAUUUAAAAAUAAAUUAUUUUUUUAGUCUCCUUAAAUUCUUAACAUUUUUUUUUUCUAAUAAAUGAUAGUUGACCACAACUACAUAAACUCUUCCUUCAAUUUUGAUAUGGUGGUCCCCUUUUUUACGCUUUGAUUGCUGGUGUGAAAUUUUUUAUUACCUAUGACUAUAUAUUACUUUAUCUAUUCAUGUACAUUAUCGAGACUAUCAAGUGUUCGAAGCUAGUUCAAACAGAGAAGUUAUAUUCAAUAAUAAUUAUGCAGCUAGCAAAUUUGUUUCUGCUUAUUUUUGUUAUUCAAAUAUAUAUUCUAGAAGCAUACGUCCCAGAGUAUGAAAUUUCUUCCUUCAAUAGAGAUAGUGUGGUAUUUAGCGUGGGUAAAAUGAAUUGGUACGCCGCCUAUGGUUUUUGUACUCAACUAGGCAUGAAAUUGCUUACGCUGCAGUCGUCAGUUGAUAACGAAGAAUUCGAAAAAAUGGUCCAACAUUACAAGUUGCAGAAAAGGUUCUACUGGUUAGCUGCUAAUCGUUUGGAAGACGAAGUGACGUUUCGUUGGGGCUUAAGAGGUCCGCCAAUCUCUUUUGAAAACUUUAGUCCAUACCAACCUGAUAAUAGAGGAGGAAUCCAACGUUGUUUAAGACUGUAUAAGGACGACAAAUGGGAUGAUGCAGAUUGCAGCGCCAUGGAUUUUUUUACCAUAUGUCAUUUCUAAAGAGUCAAUAAACAAUUAUUUAUAUGCCUGCUGUUGUAUUAUUUUCGGUUUGUGCCUAAACAAAAUUUGUUGGAGCCUCUAUGUAUCAUGAAGGAGCUCUAAGAUUGAGCGACCUUAAUUUACUUUAAGUUAAUUACUAAUUUACUAUGAUAAAUUUAUUAUAUCCCCCGUAAUAAACGAAAACUGUGACCACUCCA